CUUUUUUUCUUUAUUUUUUCUAAUCAAUAUUUUUCUCUUAUUCUUAAUUAAACAAUGAAAUCUAACCAACCUUUCCAGCCCCUUAUAAAUAGAGUGAUGCAACCCAGAAUCAACCAGAACCAAAGCCUCAAAGCCUAAUCAUCACUACACACAUAUACAAAAGACCUUGUUUUGGUUACAUAUCAUCUAUACAUACAUAUCUCUCCUUUAUUUAUAUAGUAAGUACUGUUAUAUUAAAUCUAUACACAAACACACACACUAAAAGAAGAAGAAAAAACACAAGAGUUUUAGGUGAAAUAUGGACAAAGUAAGAGACUUGGCAUCACAAAGAGCUGCUGUGAUCUUCACCAGGAGCUCAUGUUACAUGUGUCACACAGUGAAGGCACUCUUCUAUGAGCUCGGGGCUAGCCCGGCGAUCCAUGAGCUCGAUCGCAAUGCCAAUGGGAAGGAGAUGGAGUGGGCUCUGCGUGAGCAGAUGGGGUGUAACCCUGCUGUCCCAGCUGUGUUUAUAGGAGGAAAGUUUGUUGGGUCAGCUAAAGAUAUUAUAUCUCUCCAUGUUGAUGGCUCUCUCAAACAAAUGCUCAUUGAUGCUAGAGCCAUCUGGUUUUAGCUAGUUAACAAAAUUAUGUACUUAUAAGGAAACCAAAGAAAACAAAAAAAGAUUACUAAGUUAAUCUUAUAUAUAUGCUUAAUAGUUAAUUAUAUAAUGAGGGCUGUGUUUUUUGGCUCAAUUAUCUGGUGACUGUAUUUGAAAUGAAGCCAGACUACAUAUAGUAUGUGAUGAAAAAAGAAAAAACAUACAUAUACAAAAAAUGUAGCCUUCUGUUUUCUGAGAUGAGAGUCUCAACAUGGAAAUAUAUAGUUUUUCUUUUUGUUAUAAUC